UGACAGGUAUCAAUGGGUAAAAGAUCUAGUUUAACCUUCAUGGAUAACAGAGUAAAUGUAACAUAUAUAACUGUUGAUGGGUACGUGGAUUUGUACAAAUACAGAUAUCUUUAUUUUGUCAUCAUGUUCACAGCUUAUAUUCUAAUAAUCUGCAGUAAUUCUACUGUUGUGUAUCUCAUCUGGAUUCAUCAAAACCUCCAUGAGCCCAUGUACAUUUUCAUUGCAGCUCUGUUAAUCAACUCUCUUGUUUUCAGCACUGUGAUCUACCCAAAGCUGUUGAUUGACUUUUUAUCUGAGAAACAGAUCAUAUCUUAUUCAGCCUGCCUCUUUCAGUGGUUUAUAUUUUACUCUUUAGCUGGUUCAGAGUUCUUACUGUUGGCAGCCAUGUCUUAUGACAGAUAUGUGUCCAUAUGUAAACCUCUGCAGUAUCCAGCUAUCAUGAGGAAAACAACUGUCAGUAUAUUUCUGGCUUUAGCUUGGCUUGUGCCUGUUUGUCAGACGGCAGUACCACCUGUAAUGAAUGCUAAUAAGAAACUCUGUAACUUUACUUUCAAAGGAAUCAUUUGUAACAGUACAGUUUACAAACUUCACUGUGAGAGUUCAAGACUGUUAAAUAUAUAUGGUUUGGUUGUUUUGGUAAAUCUUGUACUUCUACCUGUGCUCUUUAUCCUUUUUACAUACACCAGAAUAUUUAUAAUAUCCUAUCGAAGUUGUAGAGAAGUCAGAAGAAAAGCUGCACAGACUUGUUUACCACACUUGAUGGUAUUAAUCAACUUUUCCUGUUUGAGUAUGUUUGAUGUGCUUUUACUGCGACUGGAAACUGAUUUUCCUAAAACUGCCCGCUUCAUAAUCACAUUACAAAUCAUCCUGUAUCAUCCUCUCUUUAAUCCAAUCAUAUAUGGACUGAAAAUGAAAGAAAUUUCUAAACACCUCAAGAAGCUGCUGUGUAAGUAACAAGAUCUAAUGAACAAACAAACGAUAACUGCACAGUCACUGUCCUCCUGUCAUAAUCAUUUAGAGAUGUGAUUUCUGUGAAUCAGUAAAGAGCAUCAUCGGCUUCAUUAAUGUAAUGACUAAACAAAUGACUGCAGUUUAAAGAGAACUUAAGAGAUCAAAACAACAAAAAAUGCAAAAUAAAAUUAAAAAUAAAUAAAUAACUGCACAGUCAUUGUGUCAUAAUAAUUUAGAGAUGUAACUUUUGUGAUCUUUGGAAGGUAUUUAAAGUGAAAAUUUGUUUCUGUUACACGAAUGCACAGAGCAGACUAUCAUCAGCAUUAAUGUAAUGACUAAUGACUAAUCAAUCAGCUGUUCUCAAAAAGCGUUAAGACAUCUGCAGUACCAAAUAAUGAACAUCUCUGUCGUUUUUAUUUGACUUUCAUUUGAUUAUGUAUCCUGAGUUUUCCCGUUAAUCAAUUGUUUUUUAUGAACUGCAGGAGCCACCCCUUGCUUAAUUCAAACUGAGUAUAGCAGCAGGUGAGAACAGGUGACUCCAUCUCCUGAUGUGAUCCACAUUGACCAGGUCAGCUGAAAACCAGUUUUUCUCCUUUUUAUUGUAACUUCUCUUAGCUACUCUGAUUUCUUUUUUCAGUGUGUUUCUGGCUAGAUUUCUGGCCCAGAUUUUGUCUGAUGAAAAUGAUCCAGUGUUUGUUGUUGAAUGUGCAGAAAGGUUUUGUCAGCACAUAAGUCUUCACAAAAGUUGUUUAAGCUUCCACAUGGUCAGUGAGUUCAUGUGGAAUCCACCUACGUACUGUAUGCUGGGUAGAAACUGCUUCUACAAUGUAAGGCAUAAACUAUUAAUUAAAGAUACACAGGAUAUAGUAAAGCCAAACAAUAUCCCUAGAAACACUACCUCACCAUAAUAAUGCAUGAAAUGGGCAACAUGGGUUGCACCCAAAUGCAGACAACUGGGCACACUUGAUACAGUUCAGGGAUUUAUUGAUCAGCAGAGGAUACAAAAGAAUCAUGAGGCAGGCAAGUGUCAGAAUCAGAGGUGAUCUAAAACGUGUGAAGCAGGCAAAAAGUAAGUCCAAACAAUCAAGCAGACAGAAGAGAGAGAGAGUUGAAGAGGAGGGGAACACAAACAGAAAUAUGUAACAACACCAAGAAUACCAGAGUUCUGGAGCUAAAGCUAAUAAUAAUGAUAUGUGCAGUAAGUGCUAUAAUAAUUAUAAUAACAAUAAAAACAGCAACAAUAAUAAACAUAGUAAUAGUAGUAGUAGUAGCAGCUAUACCAAGGGAAGGUCGGGCAUGUACCAAACUCAGCACGCAGGUACAGUAGGAAGAGCACAUCAUGCACACCAACUGUGGUGCCCGUGCCAUUUAUGGUUCUAUAGUUAAUGACAUUGGUACACUAUGCCAUCACGGUUAAUACCCAAACAUUUUUUUCCAUAGGGCAUUGUUACGGCAAUUUCUUGUCUGCCUGUAGUGAGUUAAGAAAGAGAAAAACAAGACUGAAAGGGUAGCAUGCACCAACAUGUUUAAUCCCUGUAGAGAAGACGCAACACACAAAACCACACGGCGGUGAGCAGUUCAGAGGUUUGCCCCACUGACUGAAGACUUCAUCCCAUUUUUAUACUUUCUGAUGUGUCUCUGGUUCUAUGGAGCUUCACAAACAUUUCUCUGCAGACUGAUGAAAACAGGUACAAUAAAAAGGCAGUGACACAUUUCAGGAAUUUAGGACUGGGUGUAAUCUCCUGUGGGAUCAAGAUGUCUUCUUGCCCUCUGCUUUACCCAGGAAGUUAUUUUUGAUGGGACUAUGGCAGCAAGUUCACCAAAUCAUUGUUUUGUUCACU